AUGAAAUCGUAUUGUAACGUCAAUUUUUAUCAAGAUUUAAUGUCAAGAGAAUGUCCCGAGACAUGUAAAUUUUGUAAUAAUAAACUGGCUAUAACACUUGAUAACGUUAUCUCAUCAAAUAAUAUGAUAACAACACCUACAUGCUAUGAAAAUGACUCACGUAAAUGUGAGCCGUUAAAAAAUUUGUGUGAAAAUUUUAUUUAUGAAUUAAUAAUGAAAAAAGAAUGUCCUGUUACUUGUGGUAUUUGUAAACCACUUAAAAAUAACGAAAAAAAAAUUAAAAUAAAUUUAAAAACAAAAAAUAAAAAUUUGGAAGAAAAUGUUGAUAAUUUUUUUAAUUAUUAUGAUUAUUAUUAUUAA